GUCUCUGGCUAGCUUAACCGAGUGGAGAGAGCUACAUGUUGUUGCUAGACGACCCCGUCCGCCACACCGCCGAGAAAACACAAACCUCUGGUCGGAAGGACGGCGGAACUUUACCGAAUAUCAGUGAGAAAUGGUGGACAGGCUGCUUCACCGAGAACGCCUUUCAUUUUCCGAGACGAGUUUUUGUUUUGUCGACCAACAUUUCUCAAGUCACAGCACAGCUAGCGUCUCUCUUGUGGCUCCAGCUGUGCAGUAGCUUCUGGACCCAGCUGAGCGGAAUCCUUCUGACUGGAAGAGGGAUGGAAACGUUACAAGAAGCAAGAGUCCAAGUGUUCAGGCUAACGUGACAAUUUGUUCAGCAGUGAUGUUCAGUGCAGCUAACAAAAUGUCUCUGGAGGCGAGUGAUGAGGACGAGCUGGUGGAGGAUGGUUUCACUCUUCCUGCUGAUAUUUCAGGAAAGAGAACGUCAAGGACUAAAUCGUCUGUCAAGCCUCCGCUUUCUCCAAGGUCUCCAUACCUCUUCAGUCUGAAUAUGAACUCCAAAAGAGCAGCAGUGGCAGCCUGGAGACUGCCGAGGCCGUCCUUGGGGGACGCUAGAGGCGAGACGCUAAGGGAGCGUUGCUCGGCUCGCCACACGUCUCUCAGCAACGGCCAUGAGUCUGAUGACAGCCCACAGCUGCUGAAACAGAAGUCCAGCUUAAGAAAACAACAGCUUUUUGCAUCUAAUGGUUUUACUAUAGGUGCUGGUGACCACAAGGACAAAGAGGGCAUGUAUGACGAGAUCAUUCGCCUCAAAAAGAGUCUCCAGGCUCAGAAGUCUGACAACCAGCAAAUGAAAGCCAAACUGCGGCGCCUGGAGGAAGAUAAUGCUAAGAGAGAGAAACAGAUUGAAGAACUCCUGGACCCCACAAAGGGCUCCGAAUACACUCGUAGUUUGGUCGAUAAGAAAAAAGACGGGAGUGUGAUUGUCAAUGGGCUGAAGCAGAGAAUCCUAAAACUUGAGCAGCAGUGCAGAGAGAAAGAAAAUGCUUUAAGUAAACUGCAGAGUGAGUUGAGGACCACCAACCUAGAGGAGCUGAAGAUCACUGUAGAAACAUACUUCGAGGAGAUCCAAAGACUGAGGAUACUUUUAGAUGCUGCAGAGAAAAGCAGUCGAGCAGAGAGUAAAUGCUCUCAGAGGCAGCAGAAAGCUUUGAGCUCCACAGCUCAGCGCUUGGCUGAAAACUUGAAGCAUCUUCAGCAGGAAAAUGCAGCGCUCAGAGAAGAGCUCGACACGGACAGUCCUGGUGCUGGAAUUAAAGGUUACAGAGAGUGGAGCAGACAGAGGUUGUUGAGAAGGCUGUUAGAGUUGGAGAGGAGGCUAGAGGACAGCAGAAGACACACCCACUCAGCAAAGAGCAGCAUUCCAUUGGAUAAGGAGCUCCAGUCUCCGCCUACUGAGGCUCCAGGGUUUACCAUGGCAACAGAGGCAGUGGUCUCCGUGGGAACCAACACUGAGCAGGAGAAAGAGCUUUCUGCUCUGAGGGAACACCUCGGCCAAUUGGAGGAGGAGAGGGCGGAGCUUCAAGAGAGGCUGACCAAUCAAAAUGAUGAACUGAUGCAGCUGAGGACAGAAAGAGGGGAACUGAUAAAAGAGACAGAACGACUGAAAGCUGAACAGAAAGAACAACUAGACAAAGUGGAACAGCAGCAUAGACAGGAGUUAGAAAAGUUGUUGACAAGGAUUCAAACUCUGGAGGAGGCCAGAAGCAAACUUGUCCAGGCUGAGGUCGGCUCUCCUCCUCCCACAACGUCCGAGCAUCUGGAGGACGCUGCGCCCAGAGCAGGUCAGGAGGAGGAAGAGGAGAGGGCCGCUGGAUGUCAGGAAAAGGGGGAGGAAGGAGAGGAAUCACCGGGGACGGACGACGAGAUGACAGAAAAAGAAAAGGCAGCUUUGAUCAUUCAGACAAACUGGAGACAGCACAGACAGAGGCAGGACAUUGUGAUGUUUCAGUCGGUGAUGAGGGGCCAUCUUUUCAGAGAUUCCUGGCUGAAGGACCUUCUGAAAAGCACAGAGAAUAAGUCUGAAGUAUCCCUAAACGGCAGGAACUCUGGUGGUGGAGGGUUAGAUGCUGCUGCCCUGACUCUGAUACAGUCUGCCUUCAGGGGACAUUUAGCUCGUUGUAGUCUUGCAAUAAAGAGCUCAGGGUUCGCUGUGCCUUCUCCAGCUGAAAACUAUGCGCCUGCUCCGGCACCAGGAAGGGCUGGCUUAACAGAUGCUCCUAGCAGAAAAGGUUCUGCAUCUCUUAGUAAAAAUGCUAAAAACGAAGAGAACCUCCAUCCAGACUCAAGCACUCACGUCUCCAGCAGGUCACACACACAAGCUCAGCGUGAGCUGCGUUCCACGGCAGAGCUCGAUGCAGGCGAAUCGGACGAUUCUGAUGACAUCGUUGUAUCUCCGUCACGUCCAUUGAGAAGCAGAGAAGCCCUAAUCCUUUAGGUCUUCGGGUUUGUGUGUAUCAGCAAUAUCCGUCAUAUGCUUGCUUAUAAAUCCAUUACACCUUAGAUGAAAAUAAUGAUCACACAAUAUCUGCCAUCCCAAAGACCCAGAUGAAUAAUCAGAAUACUCUUGGGAGUUUAACCUUUGUAGAUCAUGAAGAUGUGUAGCACACGAGCGUUUACUAGCUGAGGACAGACCUUAGGGUAAAAUGAAUAAGCAGCUCUUUUAGUUUUUCUUUCUAUAGUUUUGAGCCAAUCAAUGCUCCUUACAAUAAACGAUUCUUUGUUUUUUUUUUUCUGCUGAAACAGCUGCUGUAUGGAGGGAUCCUCAUUAAUCUUACAGCAGCGACCCACAUUACUGUAAAUUUGCCCGAUCACGUGUCAGUCUGCCUGAUAUGAAAUCCAUAAACAUGAUCUCACACUAUAAAACACAAAUCAAAUUAUGGCCCGGUCCUUGAGGUGAGGCGAGGAACCGAUUCUCAUCUGAUGCACUGCUGAGCCCAACUGUGAAUAAAUUAUAGAUCACUGCUGCAAUACUGAACUGUCAUUCCAGUGUAGGUUACCCAGGGUCUAUGUGUAGUACUGAUAAAACCCGGGCUUUAAGGAAGACGUUCAUUUAUAAAGCUGUCAAAAAAUGGACGACUGCAAUGCUCUUUAUGGGUAAAUAACCCUAAUGUGUUUAUUCAAUAAAAUGCUGUUUUUAUACA